AUGCGAAAGAAGGCAUGUAGCAUUGCAAAGAUAAUAAUUGAAGGAGAUGAUUGCGAUGUUGUAUAUGCGGUGAAAAGCAAUGGAACAUUAGUCCUUCCAAAGAAGAAACCAAGGAAUCAAAUUGAUAUGAAAAAUGCUUUUUUAAAGUAUGCUUAUGAACUUGACCCAAAAAACUCCACAGUAAAUGGGCCAAUGUUUCCAAUUCCUAAAAUAAAAACUUUCAUUGACAAACCUUUCAAUGAAUCAAAUUUAAAUCAGAUAAGUUCUGAAAAUCAAUUGUUGCCAAGCAUAACAGAGACAACUAAUUUAGGUAAAGAAGAUGAUUUCGAUGAUUUUGACGAUUCAUCAUAUUUUAGUAGAGCGUCACAGACAAAUGUAGAAAUUUUUUAA